UUCGAUGUGUUGUUACUGUGGUUUAACCUUAGCACGAAAUUUCACUACGUGUUUAAACCAAAUAAAGGAUAUGAAUAAUGUUUUAAAACAGGGAAUAUAAUAUCGGGGUGUGAGAUAAUUUUGUCAGCUACCAGUACUACCACAAAUAUUGUUUACCAACUGGAAAAUAUACCGCUAAUAGCAUCAGCUUCCGGUAACCAUGACAGCAGGCUCCAUAUUUGUACCACAAAUUAUCCCCAUUCGAGUACCCCCGCCUGGGAAAGCCAAACAUCACAUCGACACAACAACGCCUGUAGAAAUUAAAUCGGAUUCCAAAGAUGUGACCGUUUACUACACUGUGGACGGUAGUAAGCCGGAACCUGUGAAGAGACCUGGGUUUGGAGAGAACACCACGCUGAAGUACAAGGGCCCUAUUCGCCUGCCUGAGGGGAAGGUGUCCGUGAAAGCGCUAGCUGUUGCCAGCGAUGGCAGAGAGAGUGGCAUUGUCACCAAGCUCUUCCUGGUGGACUACGUGCCCACAGAAACUAUAGUGUCCACUGAGGACAACGAGGACAACUUCCUGAAGCAGUACGCCCGAGACAUGGACAACCAGGAAUCCCUUGAUGGAAGUUCCGCUUUGUUGAAUUUGAGUGGCAGUCUCAGGGGUGCAUGGGAAGACACCACAAAGAGUUUUCAAGGGCUGAAGAUUCAGGGCAGUGAUUCUCACAGGCCACCCAAGGGUUCCCGUUUCCCCAACAGCCGUCUGGGGACCCCCUCCCCCAAAACAAAGCGUGUCUCCACUCCCACCUCACACCACAGCCAAGAACAGAACGAGGCCCAGGGGGACGGUCUACGGAAAAGUCUGACGAGAACAGACAUUUCCAGAAUACUGAGGGAAACGGACUUCCUGAGGUGUCCCCAGUGCCUGUCUCCUCGCCCCUCUGACCCUUUCGCCCGGUUCUGCCCCCAGUGUGGUGCUCCAGUACCCCCCAUCCCGGAGCAGAGGUUACCCCCCACAGAGGGGGGGCAGAUGAGGCUGUGUGUCCACUGCAAAAUGGUGGUUCCCCUGAACGCCCCCAUCUGUAUUGUCUGUGAGGCCCCCAUGGCCCCUCACCUCCAGCCUCAAGCCAGCCUGAGACUCAAGGACAAGGCGAUCUGCCCGUCAUGUGGAGCAGGUAACCCUGUGAACCUCACCUACUGUGUCGUCUGUGAGACCAGACUUCCGGACCCGCCCACUGCUAGGGGAGAGCGCGCCCCCCCUUUGCCCAUUUCGGACGGAAGGAUGAUAUCCUGCUCCAACUGCAGCAGGGUGAACAACUCCGACGCCCGCUUCUGCGACUGGUGCGGGGCCAAGCCGGGUCACCCAGCGCUGUACCUGACGUGCUCCUGCUGUGGGGUGAGCAAUCACCCCUACGCCAACUUCUGUGGGUCCUGUGGGGUGUUCCUGGAGGGGCCCGCGAGACUGGGCCCCAGCGUCCUCCAGACAGCAGGGGGCGCCGCCCAGCUGGAACGUUCUACCUUCCGCUCGGACGGUAUUAUCUGGCAACCUGUCCCUCAGGCCCCGCCCCUGGCGCCGGCCCCAGCCACGCCCCGCUCUGACCAGCAGACUCAAACAGUUGGGCUGUUCUACCCUUCGGGGGCGGAGCUUCAUAAGAAGGGCCAGCAGGUGGCGCUGGAGCUGUCCCAGAAGGAGCAGAUGAGGGACCGGAGGCCCCUGCUCACCCCCAUCAGCCCGGGCAGAGGUUAUUGGAGGAAACAGCUGGAUCACAUCUGUGCGCAUCUCCGCAGCUACACACAGAAUAACACUGAGUUCAGAACACUGAUUGGCGAGCCGCGGAUGGGCAAGAUGAUUUCAGCAGUUGUGCAAGAGGACAACGACGAAGUCAGCUUGAGGAUCAACUUUGUCUCAGCGGGAUCUGAGAGGUCAAAGGGAGGGGAGAGGACAAUGUCCACUGGCUCGUCGGAGCACCUACCUCUGAGCGAUGUGGCAGAGGGCCUAAGCAGCCUAUCAGUGAGCGAGAACAGCGCCCCCCCUGGAGAGUCCAGGAAGGACAGGAAGCAGCGAAGGGCAAACCGGGCCCAGGAGGAGGAGAUGACUCUGCUUCAGUCCAAAGAUGCUCAGCUCCUGGCAGCAGUGGGCCCCGGGGGACUGGGCCAGAUAUCCACGGUACUACAGCAGCUCCUGGAUGAAGGUGCAGACGCGUCCUGUCGGGGCAGUGACGGACGCUCCGUCCUCGCGGUGGCCGUGAUGAACCUGCACCACGAGGUCAUCCCCCUGCUGGUGCAGAAGGGGGCCGACAUCGACCAGCAGUCCGGACCGGUGAAUAACUCGGCCUUGCAUGAGGCAGCUUCUCUAGGGAAUCAGGGCCUCCAGUGUGCUGAGGCUCUGCUGGGCUGCAGCGCCAGCAUCAGGAAGAGGAACGAUCGCGGUCAGACCGCGUACGACCUGGCGGUGCGGUCCGGGUGCGCCCCGCUGGUGUCCCUGAUCGCUGCCCGGACGGGACAGGGCCUGCUGGACAAACUGACCAAGCCCAGGAGCACCGUCAACCUGGACACGUUCUGACCGGGACCCCAGACGGACCGCACGCGAGUGUCGAUGUCUGAGAGUAAAAUUUGAGAUUAUAAAGACCCUGCUGAUCAUGAGCCUGCUCUCCACUGAGAACCUUCACAGGCGUUAAAGUUACAGCUGAGGGUAGCCCACCAUAGGAGUGCCAGUGUUACUUUCAUGAGUGUGGGUGUUGUAGUCCAAUAGCUACAGAUAAUCACUUCUCUUUUUUCACAUUUCACAUCUAGUGACAUAUUUUUGACAUGUUUUUGUCAGGUUUUAUUUGCCAUUUUUUAAACUCUUUGGUGAAAUGAUGUUGACGCCAAUGAGUAACAAUAAAGAAUACAAUGAAGUGUG